ACUAAAAAAAAUCUCCCAAAUAAAACGAGAAAAAUCACUAUUAUGCUUUUCUCAUAGUUGUGACAAAUCCUUCUCUCAGUAAAUCACAAUUUAUGUUUAAAAUUAAAUUUACACAAACUUAAAAUAAAGAAAAUGUUUUGAUUAAAAACUUUAAAAACCAAGCAAAGAGAGUGUAGAGAUUAGAAACCGCGUUUGCUACAAACAAACAGCAUAAAAACACAAACUACGUCAUAAGGUUUUCUAAUCUCUUGCUAACUGCAUUGUUGUCGUCAUUUGCCCCCUCAACCACAAAAACAAAAUAGCCAACAACAACAACAAACACAUUUACAAUGGGUGCCAAUGCAUCGACUGGUAGUUAUCCGCCUGUAAUGACAACAUCACAAGGUCAUUCAUCUGGCGGCGGUGGUAGUGGUGGUAUGCCAGCGGGUGCAAGUACUAGUUCAAGUUUAUUACUACCUACCACAGGGGCCAAUUCAUUACUGUCCGCUUCGCUAGGGGGUCCUGGUGGUGGUGGUCCCCAUUUUCGGGAACAACGACGUAAACGUGUUACGGGUUUUGCCACCCUUAAACGUAAAUUCAUAAGACGACGGCGUUCUUCAAAAGCCUGUGAUCAUGCUAGAGUGCUGAGAGAUUUUGUUUCGGAUUGGACUCCUUUAGAGCUGGCAGCAUUGUGUGAAGAAUAUGAAGCUUUGGCAGCACUAAGGGAUUUAUCGAUGCAAGCCGAGCUGGCACGUCCUCCCGCUACCACUUAUAAACAAGAUCUUGCUGCUCUUUUUGAAACGAAGACUUGUACAGACUGUGAUCUCGUCUUCCGUGGCGCCAUAUUUCCCGUGCACCGCUGUAUACUCUCCUCACGUUGCACUUAUUUUCGUGAUCUUUUAGCCGGUUGCCCCGGCUUUGGAGCUCGUAUUUGUCUCGAGCUACCCACCUCACCCAUAGAUGUUCAAAUGUUUGCCUCCCUACUAAGAUAUCUCUAUACCGGCGAUCUAUGUCCCCAUGAUGCCAGCAUGGAUAUUGGUCUGUUGCGUCAACUAGGCGAUGAUUUCGGUACGCCCAAUCCUCUCGAACAUGAUUUGCGUUAUCUGCUCGAAACGGGAGAUUAUGCCGAUGCUGCUUUGGUGUUUACCUCCGAGAAUGGUGGCGGUGGAGGAGGCGGUAUUAGUGGCUCUUCAGCCAUGGGCGUAGUGGGUUUGGGUGGCGAAUACAAUCGUCCCGAUUCGGGGAAUUCAGAAUACGGCUUCCGACCGAAACUGGAAUUACCUUGCCACAAAGCGAUUUUAAGCGCGCGAUCGCCUUUCUUUCGUAAUCUCAUAGCUAGACGAACACGUAAUAUGGAUGCUGAAUAUGCAGAGCGUGCUCUGCAUGUGCCGACGCGUAUUGUGUUGGAUGAAACCGUGAUACCAAAACGUUAUGCUCGUGUUCUUUUACAUGCCAUUUACUUGGAUACCGUAGACUUAACAUUAAUUUUAAGGGGAGCAAAUUCGGGAACAGCAGCGGCUGGUUCGCUGGGUGAAGUUCAUGCCUUGACGGCGGGUCGAACACGACCAACACCGCUCGAGGAAGCCAUGGAACUAUAUCAAAUUGGUAGAUUUUUAGAAUUGGAUAUUUUAGCACAAGGUUGCGAGGAUCUCAUAUUGGAGUGGCUGACCUUAGACACUCUGCCAACGGUGCUCAAGUGGGGGAGUCAGCCCCACGGUUCUGCGUGGGUUUUCCGCCAAGCUUGCCAAUAUUUACGCGAAGAAUUCUCUGCAGUCAUCUCAUCACCUGUUUUGCAUCAACUCGAUAAAUCGCAACUUAUACACGUUUUGCAAUCGAAUUUUUUACAAGCUUCCGAAUUGGAAGUUCUACAGGCUGUACUCAAAUGGGGAGAACAGGAGCUCAUACGGCGCAUGGAAGAUCGAGAACCGAAUCUUUUAUCGCACACUGCCCAUUCGGUAACAAGAAAAGGUGUCAAGAAACGCGAUCUAAGUGAUGUGGAACUAAGAGAAAUACUCUCAGACCUUUUGCCAUUAGUGAGAAUGGAUCAUGUCUUACCGCCUAAUAGUGAAGUUUUGGCCCAGGCAAUACGCCGUGGCCUAGUGAGUACACCGCCCUCGCAUAUGAUUGGCGAUGAACGUGAGAAUUUACGUAUCAAUGCUUGGAUUAGGGGAGGAAAAAAUCAAGGUCUAUUUGUGAGGCCUCGCCUAUUUAUGCCAUACUUUGAAGAGGUUAAGGCAUUGUUAGAAGAUCGCAUGACUUCAUCACAUCAUCAAGCUGAGCUAAUGAGAAUGCGUCGUUCUCGACAAAUGCCCGACAUACCCGAUACUUUGUAUAUGGUUUCUAGAAUGAAUGCCGCCUCGAAUAGUGGUGUAGGUAAUACGGGUGUGGGCUCUGGUACCGAUACUGUAGAUAUCUUAGCUGCUGCCGCUGCUAUACCCCCACCCGAUACACAAACCUUGGCUGCUAUGCUGAAGCGCGAACACAAACUGCGGCAAUCACCCAUGUGCCAGAGGGCUUUACAUCUGCCUCUUUCGUCCAAACAUGAAAUCGAUAGACAAAUACGUCUGCGUGUGGUAAGAGAGUUUAAUCUACCCGAUGCUGUGUCGGAUCUACUAGAGACAUCACUACUUAGCAAUACCCGCAAUGUUCAAGAUGAAGUACAAAAUAUGGCCGACUCCACGACCACGGUGCAGUCCGUCGACGACUGUUGUCUGCUAGAGGAUGAUGAUCAAUCGCCACCACCCUCACCGGCAGCAGCCUCGGCCGGUUCAGUGCCUAGACACUCGGCCAUGGGUGCUAGUUAUCUAUCGUCUUCGGUGGGCUCGAAUGCGGGCUCAACAUCAUGUGGUGCUGCUUCAACAUCGGCGGCCGAUGGUCUGCCUGCCUGUUAUACCAGAAAUUUAACAUUCCCCCGUCAACAUGCCGCCGGUUUGUUGGGUUUAGGUUUUGGUUCUGGCGUGGGCAUGGGCUCGGGACUGCCUCAUAAUUUUGCUAGACUUUCGGCGUCAGCACAUCAUCGCAAUGAUUUGCCCGCCCUUAUAACCGAAGGUGAUUAUCGGGGUUUUGCUCAUGGCAGUGCUUUAGGGCUGGAUAUGGGCGGUGCUGAGGGUGGUGCUAUGGGUUGUUCGGAUGGCCCUAAUGCUGGUCAUUUAUCAGAUAUGAUGCCUGAUGUUGCUAUGGCCACGGCUUCGUUGGGACAGCUACAUUUAGCGAAUGCUAGUAGUUCUGCUAGUAGUACGAAUGAUAUGCCUGAGUCUUUGCAAUUGGAUUUGGGUGAUGGUUCGAGUCAUAUGAUGGGUGCUGGCGGAGGAGGUGGGGGAGGAGCCGCAGCGGGACCAAUGGGAGGUUUGCGGGGAUUACAG